AUGUUUUCCUCUACAUCCAAUACCCGACAUGGCCUGAGACGCUCCAUGUCCACCCGUUCGAUGCAAAAGCGACGAGCAAACCCAACCAAUGUAACCUCGGAUGUCGCCAUGCAGCAUGCCGCAGCUGCUGCAUCAAGAGCCAUGCAGGGGCCGUCCAGUGUUGCCGUCCCGCGUCGGCGUCCCGGUUCAAGCCUUCGACACACCGAAACCGAUGCAUCCAUCCACAUCGAAGAUUCUUCUGUGUUCUCGGCGCCCUGCGUUUCAAUAGUGACCGCAAAGGCUUCUCUCGCGAGCAGUCGACCUGAUGAUCCAGCCGCUCUUCCUCCAAUCACGGAGUUCAACGGGCUUGAUGGACGAGAUAGCUCUGUUCCUUCCUCCUACCGGCGAUUGCGCAAGGCAAAGUCCAUGUUCUCGACCAGACCGCGGACCUCCCAGACCCCGUAUGGGGUUCCACCUCUUCCCUCUGGAGAUCCCCUCGAUCCCGAACGUAGCCCUGGUUUUCAGCUUCCGCGGACGAUGAGACCAUCAAUGUCCUUCAUUCGAGGGCAGUACAAAUCACAGUCGGGAAUCAACAUGAACGCACACGAUGCGGCCGUUGAGCUGGCACGAAACCAGUUUACGCAAGAGCCUUGCGACCCAGCGAUUCGGAAUCGCCGCUCUUCUUUCUUGCUGAGGCGUAAGAAGGAGCAUAGGCCAUUCCGCAAGUCCUUCCGUGCCACAAGCGAUGGUAUCUCUCCUCUUGUCGAGAGCGCCAGUGGACGAGCCCGCUCUACAUCUCGGUCAUUCUCAAACUCUAUCAAGAACAGGCUGAAGAGGGUGUUUGGGUUCUCAAAGGCUACGGAGCAGCGACCAACAUUGCAUAGCGGUCCAGAGGAUGUGGAUAUACCUGCUCCGCUCAAUCCAAAUGGCUCAGCAGCUGAGUAUUGCGACACCUCUAAUUCUUUCCGGGAUAUGACACGGUCUCCUAGUCAUGAUAGUCUUUGCACUUCAAAGUCGCGCGUUACCAGCUGGGCAGAUUCCACGAUCGCGAACACUGUCACAACUCGAAAGCCCGGCCAUCGUCAGUCGCUCUCCAUGAUCAGAGAGGAUGGAAUCUCUAACCAGCGUAUGCCAUUCACACCAGUGAGGAACGAUAGUGAGCAGGCUCCUUCGGAUCUCAGACCAAGCCCACAUCCCAUUGGGAUUGUUGAUAGUCAGGAUCUAUACUAUGCACUGAUGGCACAGAUGGGUCGUCCGCUUCCCGACCCCAACGAGGGAGUAGUCUUUGGCAGUGUCGCCAAGCAUCGUGCCAUUCCAGAACAUGUUUCAAAUGCCUUUUCACCCCAUGCACAAUCACCCAAUGCACAAAGGCAAACUCUUCGUCAUAUACCAAGUAACGAGUCCAGCUCGCCUGGCUCUUUUGCAACUGCGCAGAACCGGUCGGCAUUUGUCGCGGGUGAGCAUUCUGAUGACGGCAACAGUGUGAUCGUUGCCCGGUACGGUUCAAAGCGGGAUGUUAUCUCACCAAGCAUUUAUUCCCGAACUACUGGUGGAAACACCCCAGUCAAAGCUGACACUACCGACAUCAUUGACACAGGAUUGUAUGACGAGCCAGGCACUGCGACCAUCUUUGCACCGCAGCGAACAGUCUAUACUUCACCCAAACGUGCUGCUCGUGAAUUGUCUUCCAGGCUUCGGGCAAAUGCAAGCGGGGACUGGCAGCAGUGGAUAAGCUCGCAGGUUGACAAAAUUGAGCAGGCGGGUCCCACGAGAGAGCAUGUCAGAGAGAAUGCACAAUUCCAGGCGGAGGAUGAAGACCUGGCCAACAUGGCAGCAGACGCCACCCUUGUUAUGACCACCCCUCCUCCUCCCAUUAAAUCAGGUAUUUCCGAAAGCGAUGAGACGAUGGCGCGUGGCACAGCUGUUCAAGUCAGACUUCCAUCACAGAGCAAUUUCUCUCGUCCCUUCCGCCAGGUCUCUGGUAUCCAGCCUAUCUUACCCUUGCAGCCCAAAAAGUCGGACAAUUCGAUGCAGAAAUUGUCGGUUGAUCCUGUCAAAGACAGUGUUGUCCAGUUGGGUGAGAACAUAUCAUCGAAGCCUGUCCAUUUCAUUCCACCUCAAGGUUUGUCGCCAAUUCGACUCCGCUCUGGAAACAUGCAACUGCCAGAGUCCCCAACUCCCAAGCGAAUGGGCGCCAGGCGCUCUUUGACCGAGGAACAACAGCGUCGCUAUUCGGCCCGGCGUGCACCUCUCUCGCAAGAAGGGCGAGGUCGAACCAAUCAAUUCCGCUCAAUGCGCACCCAGCGAGACUUCCAUGCACAUGACGAGAACCUGAGACAGCAAGAAGAGUACAAUGAAAUGAUGGAGAGCUAUCAUCAGCUGCAGGAUGUCCAUUCGACAAUCUCCAGCAAGCGCAUGGUGGAUCUGUUUCUGGACAGUCGUCGGCGACAGAUGGGCGAAUCCAAUGGGGAAAAGAACUCCACGGGGGCUUUUCUCUGA